AUGGGUUGUCAAAUAGUCUCCAGCGAUUGUCACCCGGCAGAGCGGAAAAAUGGUGACUUUGCAGCUCUCUAGCGACUGUCACCCGACGGAGAGGAGUUGGAUGAAGGUGGGGCGUGUAUUAGGGAGCUUCAUCCUCAGGUCCACACAGCAAGAGGAGGCUCUUCAUCGCAUCUGGUAUGCUCUCAAAAGGUGGAGACUCGUCUCCUAGCGGAUCGUUCUCUUCUCGAUGACGGCUUGUUCGUCGAUCAAUUAGAGAUGCUUUACUUGAUGGAUUUGCGAUCCUUUUAUCGCGAAUCGUUCAAAAAUUUUAGUAACAAUGCUCCGUGAAUCGCUUUGAUGAGAUUUUCAUCGAUGAUCCAGUGAUUCUGGUUGCUUAAUCCUUCACCGGUGAUAUGAAAGAAAGCCACGAUAAUCAAAUAAAAAAUAUGAGUUUUGGCUCUAGGAGGAUUCAAACCUGCACCGGUUGCCCCGCCCUUUCUGGAGAAGGUGUGACGCGGGUUUAGUCCCACAUCAAUUGUGCGUCAAAGUUUCUAGUGAAUAUAUAGUAAUAUUACAUUUCUGAUUAAGUCUCUUUCUCGCGUGUGUACAACCACUCCUUGCCUCACAGUCGGCUGGCCACUAGUGACGUGGAAGGGGAGUGGCGCACACACGUGCCCUAUCGGUCCAAGCCGCUCGAGCCCCUACUCAUGGCUACUCCCGGACUGAGCUUCCGACCCGCUUGCGGGCCCAGUUGGCCAGCAGGUCCCCCUCAUUUUGUUUUAUUUUUAUUUAUUUUUCUUCAUUUAUCUCAAAAGUAAGACUGUAAAAAUCAUAAAAAUUCGUAUAAAAUCACAUAAUUACCCAAAAAAUCACGUUAAUUAACUAAAAACCACUUUUCACACUUUAACACAAAUAUAAGUCUAUUUAUCAUGAGUUAAGGCUAAAACUAUAUUAUUUACUAAUUAUUAACUCAUGAUAAUAAAGACUUAUCACACCCCCCAACUUAAAUCAUUGCUAGUCCCUUAGGAAUGGAAUUACAAAAAUAAAAAAUUUACAAAUCUUGAACAUCAUAUUUCAAUACAUAAAAAUACAAUUAGAAAUGAUGCACCUUUAGACACUUUGGAUUCUUAUAUCAAGUAUUUAAGAAUGAUGUCAAGCACUUAAAUGUUUAAGCACUCCUUAGAAUAACAAUCUAGACUUCAUUUCUUCUAUUCACAUCUUUAUCACUUUUUCACUCAUAGAUAUUUACAAGAUGUUUCAAUUAUCAAUACUUAUCUAAGAAUAAUAUUGAUCUUACAUUUUUCUUUUUCUAUGGCUUGAUUUUUGAAGUUUGCACUAUAUUUCUUCCUUCUCUUUUUUUUAUUUUAUAUAUAUAGUGGAUAAGUAACUUUUUCUAUAGACAAAUUUCAACAAUGAGAAUGAUGUCUCACACCCUCCACGUGUACUCUUCAUUUUCAAGGCUUUCACUUUAUCCACUUAUUUUGCAGCAAGUGUUUUUCUAUGCACGAUUUUCGACAAUGAGAAUGAUGUCUUACCUCCAUGUGUACUCUUCGUUUCUAGAUUUUUCACAUUGCUUUCUCUUCUUUUUUUUUCGAAAUAAGUGAUUUCUCCUCACAAGUCUUAUAGAUCAAGGUGCAAAAAUCUUUAUUAAACUCAAAUGAUCAAUCAAAUUGUCACAUCAAGUAAAUACUAUCUAUCAAGAUCAUGAAGUGAAAAUAUGUAAAAUCAAAUUCAUGUUAUCUAUCAUGUAUCCAAGGAGUGUUCCAACAUUUCAUGCUACUAGAUCAUUCUUUUGACUCAAUAAUAAUCUUCCUAAUAUCUUUUGGUAUCAAUCAAUUUAAUUGAUUUAAUUUUUCAUGCAUGCAAUAUGAUGUAAGAAAUUUGUAAAUUAGAUAGUUCUGAUAAUUCUGUUUUCUAUUUUCAGUUAUAUUUUUAGCAACAAUAAAUUUGUCAAAAAUAAAUCAAAACUAUCCUCUUUAUAGCUGUAAUUUUGAAUUUCAGUAAUAUAUGUCUAGGGGAUUGAAAUGUGAAAAAAAGGUCUCUAGAAUUUCAAAUUUCAGGCUAUUUUUUGUCUGCUGUUUUUGACAGUCUGUUGUUCUUGAUAGAAAACCAGAAAAUAGAUGUUAUAGUUUUUCCGAAUUUUAUUUUAUUUUUAUUUUUUUAAUUGUUGUUCUAUGUUGAAUAAAAUGCAAACACAUGUUCUUAAUCAUCCUACAGUAUAAAUUAAUAAUUAAUACUUUACCCCCCAACUUAAAAAUGACAUUGUCCUCAAUGACACAGAAAAAUCGAAAUAGAAUAUGCAGAAAAUAUAAUUUUCAAGUGAAGCAUGCAUAUGUGCAAAGUUAAGCAUUAAUAAUAUUUUCAUAAAUGAUAACGCUUAGAAAGACAUCACCUCAACCUCGUUUUUAAUUUUUCACUUCAUCUUACACUCCUCCUCUAGCACUUUUUCGAAAAAACAAAUACAGAAAUAAGUACUGCAAAAUUGUAAGAAAAAUAGAGCUUAAAAAAAAUCAAACAGAAUGAAAUAAAAAUUAUGGGUUACCUCCCAUGUAGCGCUGAAUUUAAUGUCUUCAGUUGGAUAGCUCUUAGAUCAUAUAAGAUGAUCUAUGGCCAUCAAAAUAUAUUUGUAUCCCAAGGUAAGUUUCAUGAUAUUCUUUUUCAGAUUUAGCAUAAAUUCAUAUACUUCAUAUAUAUACCUUGACAUACUUUCAGUCAAAAUAAAAUAGAAAUUAACAAAACUUUCUCAAAAAUAAUAUUUCCAUUUUGAAAAGAAUCUUUCCUCAUUUCUAUCUUGUUUUGUAAGGCUCUCAUUCAUUAAUAAAUACUUUCUAUUAAUAGACCAUAAAAUGUGAUCAAGCCAUAUAAUUUUCAAAUUAGCUCUUACCUAAUCUAGAAUUUUUUCAUCUAAAUUGAUAUCUCUAAUUCUUCCACUCACUUAUUUCUUAAUGUGUUCUUUUAUCUGCAUAAUCUUCCCCUGCUCCAUUUUAUCUUCCAUACAUAUUUGUUCAAUUUGUGAGGAGUGAAAUAUUUCAAGCUUAGAAAUAAUUCUAAUGGGCCAUGGGUUUUGAAGGAUGGAAAGAUUGUCUUCUUUAAUCUCAGAUCUAAUGAAUUCAAUAAAAUUCAAAUUUUCUCCUCUAAAAUUAUCUCUAUAUUCAUAUUCAUUAUUUGUAUUUCUCCCCAUUAGUUGAAUCAACUCUUUUUCUAGCUUUUCGUUUCUCAACUCAUCAAAUUCUUCAUCUUCUCAAGAGCUAUCUUUUAAUUUCGGUAUAUGAUAUACAUCAUCAUUCUUACUAUCAACAUCUAUGGCUGCAAAAUUAUGAUUAGAUUUAUUAAUUUCGUCUCCUAGAUCUCCUAAAUCAACUGAUUUUUUCUCACUUGAAAUAUGUGUUUCUUCAUUUUUGUCCUUACUCUCUUCUACUAAAAUUUGGAUGAUUUUUCUAUGAUCAACUGUUGUUUCUUCAUCUAAGAGUUAUUUCUCCUCAUCAUCCUCACUAUAUUCAUUCAUCAAUUGUGAGCAAUAAAUGAUUUUAUUCAAAUUUUCCGCUAUUAUAUUUUCAGUGUUAAUAUUCUCAUUUACUUCUAAUGGCUCAUCAAUUUCCUCUAAUAAUUGAAAAUAAGGAUCAUGUAAAAUAUUCUCACUCAAUGUAUUCAUUGUCCCAAUAUUUUUAUUUCGUGGGUUUUUUUCUAAAUUUAUUCAGCUAUACUCUCCUUGCUGAAAUCCUAUUGUUAGAUAGUUUCCUAAAUUUUCUAUGGGCUGACUAGGUGGCUGUCACUCUUCUCUCCUAUUCUCAAAAGCCUCUAUAAUUUGUUUUUAGUGCAACAUCAUUUGAUUCAUAGUUUGUUGCAUCAUUUGGCUCAUUUGCUGUAUCAUUUCUAUAGCAUCAAGUUAAAUUUAAGAGGGCUGAUUUUUUUGAAAUCUGUGUUCCUAUUUUGGACGAAAUUCAAAAUUUGAAUUAGAUCUAAGUGCUUUUGGAUUUUGAAUAUUAUUUAGGUUUCUCCACGAAAAAUUAUUCCCCCAAUUAGGAUUAUAAGAAUUAGAAAAAUAUUCCCUAUUUUACUAAAAUUGUGGGGUACCUGCACUUGUUCUUGCCUAGGAUGAUAUUGAAAUUCGAAAUAAUCAUUUUCACCAUACAUAGGAUAUGUACUAUUUGAAUUAAAUUGAUGGUUAAGAGGCUUUCUAAUAUUGUCAAUAAGUAAAUCAAGGUUUUUUAAUCUUUGAUUAAUCUGAUUAAUCUCAUUUCUAAAUUUAGAAUCAUCAUCAUGAUGUAAUUCAUAAAUUCCUCUCUUCUUAUCUCUGUCAUAUAAUUCAAAAGAGGCUUGAUCUCUAGAAUUUUCACUUAAAUUCUUAUAAAGACUAUAAAUCUCAUCAGGGGUUUUCUCCAUAAAAGCUCCUCCACAUAUAGAAUCAACCAUAUUUCUAUGUUGUUCUAAUAAUUUAUCAUAAAAAAUUCUAUUGAGCUGCCACUUGGGUAUAGCAUGAUGAGGACACAUUCUAAGUAAAUCUUUGAAUUUUUCCCAUGUCUCAUGCAAAGUUUUUCCGGGUCUUUGAGAAAAACUCUAUAUAUAUUUUCUCAUAUUUUGAGUUUUUCCUAAAGGAUAAAAUUUGCAAAGAAAGGCUUGUUCUAUGUUUUUCCAACUAGUUAAUUUUAUAUCUAAUGUGGAUAGCCAAUGACUAACUUUGUCCCUAAGUGUAUGAGGAAAUAAUUUCAUCUUAAUAAUUUUCGGUGUAACUUGAGGGAGAUUAACUAAAUCACAGACCAUAUGAAAUUUUUUUAAGUGCUGAUGAGGUUUCUUUAAAAGCAAUCCAUGAAAAUUAAGGAGCAUUUGAAAAAUUCCUAGAUUUAUUUCGAAUUUAAUAAUGGGUGUUAAUGGGACUCUAAUAUUGGAUGCUCUUUGAAAUGAAUCAGGGAUAUAAUAAUUUUUCAUGGCCAUAGGGUUGUUCUCAGUUUGACCUAUACUUCCUUCAAGAUCCAUCAAAAUUAAUUUUUCUAUCAGAUUUUUAGCUUUGACUGAAAUAAUGAAAGAAUUUUCUAGCUUUGGAUGUAAGGAUCUUCUACCAUGCAUAAAAAAUCAAUAAAUUCGAGGGAAAAAGUUUAGUAAUUGUUACCCUCCUUCAGUAUGCUCCAGUCCUUGCCUUACUUCUCUUCGUUCCCUUUUUUUUAAUAAAAAAAAAUCAGCGAGAAGAAAAUAAAAUAAGAGUUAAUUUUUUUUUUGUGUACUCUAAGAGAAAAAUAGAAAAAUACUAAAUAUUAUGCAAUACAUUCUCGGCAACUACAUCAAAAUUUGACGUGACUUAGUCGUUGUAUAGUAAAUCACGCAAAUUUAAAAUUUAUAAAAUUAGAAAAUACGAAUUUUUGGAUAUUUAGAAGUAUUUCUGAACAAAUAUAUCAAUUAUAAUUCAAUAAAACUUCUAAAAAUAGCACUAAUUUUCCAAGUCGAUCACAGAGAUGUAAUUUAAUAUCUAGUAAUUAUUCAGAAUUUUCCUCAAAGAAUAUUAUUUUUUAUGAAUUAUAUAUUAGGAAAUGAAAAUAAAAUAUAAUUAAAAUUCACGAAAAAGGGAAAUAAGGCUGUGGUCGUCAAGAUGAUGUCAAUGCGCGAUGAAUGCGAAUCAGGUGGAAACAGAGUUACGCCCGACGAUCCUUACGUAAGCGAUUACAGACGAUUUAAUUGAUCAAAUUAAGAUCUGUAAAAGCUUGAAGAAUCGUAAUAGAAUGAAGUAUAUCUUGGUAAAUUUAAAAUCAACAAAUUAUCACUAAAUGAAGCAGAAAUUAAGUUGAAAGCAAGAAAAUAGAGUUCUGACGUCGCAGCAGCAAUACGUCAACGAUGCACCGGAAUCCUGAGGGUUCGGGAGGAUCGUCAUGCACUGUCCACGAUUUCGAAGGCUCUCUUUAAACAAGGACGACGUGGGCAAUCUCUAGAUCUCUUUGCAAAGUCUAGAGAUCAAUGAAAUGGGUUGUCAAAUAGUCUCCGGCGACUGUCACCCGGCGGAGCGGAAAAAUGACGACUUUGCAGCUCUCUAGUGAUUGUCACCCGACAGAGAGGAGCUGGAUAAAGGUGGGGCACGUAUCAGGGAGCUUCAUCCUCAGGUCCACGCAGCAAGAUGAGGCUCUUCAUCGCAUCUAGUAUGUUCUCAAGAGGUGGCGACUCGUCUCCUAGCGGAUCGUUCUCUUCUCGAUGACGGCUUGUUCGUCGAUCAAUUAGAGAUGCUUUACUUGAUGGAUUCAUAAUCCUUUUAUCGUGAAUCAUUCAGCAAUUUUAGUAACAAUGCUCCGCGAAUCGUGUUGACGAGAUUUUCAUCGAUGAUCUAGUGAUUCUAGUUGCUUAAUCCUUCACUGACAAUUUACAAGAAAGUCGCGAUAAUCAGAUAAAAAAGAUGAGUUUUAGCUCUAGGAGGAUUCAAACCCAUGCCGAUUGCCCCCCCCUUUCUGGGGAAGGUGUGACGUGGGUUUAGUCCCACAUUGGUUGUGCGCUGAAGUUUCUGACGAAUAUAUAGUAAUAUUACAUUUCCGAUCAAGUCCCUUUCUCGCGCGUGUACGACCAUUCCUUGCUCCACAGCCGGCUGGCCACCAGUGACGUGGAAGGGGAGUGA